AUGGCCACCUUGGCCGCUUCUCCUCCAACCUCGCCGUCAUGGCCGAAGCGGAGCACCCGAGCUUGGGCGCUUCGCUGUGAGCGCUACUGCUGUGCAGCUGCGAGCUGUUUCCCGCUCUGUUUUGUCUACGGGAUCACGAGUUGGGCUGUUUAUGUUGAAGCGGGUAUUGGGUUUAGGGACACGAAGAGCUCUUGGCUUGGUCUUCCAAGCUCGCUUUUAGGUAUUUUUCUUUAUGCUGCUCUAAAUGCCUCGUACACUGCUGCCGUAUUCACGGACCCCGGCUCGCCGUUGACCACUCGCAGCGGGACUGAUCGCCACAACUAUAGCGCUCUUCCAGUGACCGAAGUUCCCGAGUUCACGUCUUAUACCGCGAGUUCAACGGGUGGCAAGCGCUAUUGUAAGAAAUGCCAGUGCCCGAAGCCUGACCGAGCGCAUCAUUGCUCUACCUGCAAGCGCUGUGUUCUUAAGAUGGAUCAUCAUUGCCCAUGGUUGGCGACUUGCGUCGGUCUAUACAACUACAAGGCAUUCUUACUAUUCCUGAUCUAUACGUCUUUGUUCUGCUGGGUGUGCUUCGCUGUGGCGCUGACUUGGACUUGGACCGAGGUAUUCAGCGACUCACGGUACAUGGACACAUACCUCCCAGUGAACGUAAUUUUACUGUGCAUCCUUGGCGGCAUCAUUGGCUUAGUGCUCACCGGAUUUACCGCGUGGCACAUCAGCCUCGCUGUCCGUGGAACAACGACUAUCGAAUCACUCGAGAAAACCCGCUACGUCUCUCCGCUGCGCAAAGCCUUCGAGCGCCAACGAUUCGAGCCAUACCCCCUCGCGAAUGGCGAUCACCAUGACUCCUUCCAAGAAAGCCUCACCCACCGCCUCCAAGACUACGGCAACCAAAUCCUCGAUGCACACGCCAACGCCAUCCCCGGUGUAACCCGGCCCGAAGAGGGCGAAGAGCGCCUGUCACCAGCUCCCUACCCACCAGGUCACGGCCCCAAUUUUGCCGCACCACCCCAGAACAACCUCUCCCCAGCUCAGCAAGCCCUGACCCGCACCUACGCCGACAUGGAACGCCAACGUGAACACGACCGAUACCAAGAAUAUCUGAACGACGAAGACAGCAACAAGAUGCCCAACGCCUUUGACCACGGCUGGCGCCGCAACCUAGCACACCUCUUCGGCGACAAGCCUCUCCUCUGGCCAAUCCCUGUCAUGACAACGACAGGCGACGGCUGGCGCUGGGAACCAAGCGCCCGCUUCCUCGAGGCUCGCGAGCACCUCCGCCAGCGCCGCGAACAGGACGCCUAUGCCGAGCAGCAGUACCGCCGGGAUCUAUACCAGCGGAAUAUGGAUAACAGCCGCACUUGGCUCGGCCCACAUGCGAAUGGGGCUACCCCAUUGCAGAAUAGCACGUCACCAGUACAGCACUGGAUCCCCAAUCGGCGACAGGACCCUGAGCGUCCACUGACGAGUGUCUCGAUGCAGACUCUUGCGCCGGCGUCGCCGAGGCCCAGGCCUGGGGAUAGCGAUUUUGAGGAUGAUAAUGAUAAUACCGCAUUGUUGGAGCCUGGGCAGACAGGUAGUUCGGGGCGAAGGGAGACUGAUGAGUGGCGAGACUGGGAUUGA